AUACCACGUUUGAUUUACCAGUGUAGUAGUUAUUUAGUCUGCCAACAGUGAACAUUUUUCUUUAACAGGGAAUCUUUACUUCAUAAAAUGGAGAUUCUAUUGAUGAUAUUUCUACAUGCGAUAUAUGUGUUUUUGACCGAAGACGCCCAGGACCAGAUUUGUUUAGGACUUUUACUUAUCCUAUUCAUUCAAUGCUUUAUAUUCGAUCAAAGUCGCCCAUUUUUUAAGGAGCAUCUUCUACCGACGAUUGCAGUUACCACUGUGGCAACGGUUGCGGCCUAUAUUGCAAAAUGGCUCAAUUGGCACUCGCUUCGGUACUCAAGUUAUUUUAUGAUUGUUUCAUUAGUGAUAUGGUUAACUUUCGAGAUAGUUAUCGCAUCUUCAAAUCAGAUUUAUUCAAUGAUUCGCAAAGUUAAUCACCAUCAGGAAGAAGUACAGCAACAAGCGCAAAUUGAGAUUGAAACUCAAGAAACAAGGAAUCCAGUGGCAAAUGAGGAGCCGGAGAGACCGGCUGAACAAACCUUGGAGCUGGAUGAUGAACGACUGCAACCUGCGCCUGAUAUAGGAGAACAGCAACUAGGGCUUAAAUCCUGUGAGACACAGAAGAAACUAACCAUUCAGAAGCCAUUAGACCAGCGUGAAGCGCCUUGCGACAAUCAGGAGCAACUGAAAACUGAGACACCUGCGAAUCAAGAAACACAACAAUAUGAUGAGUACGAUGUAGAAGAACCCAAGUCUCGCGAAGAAACUAAGCAGCAAAAACAAAUUGAUACCAUCCAAUGUGAGAAGCAAAUUAUAGAAGCACAGAGGCCCGACCAACAAGAACAACUGCAGCAAAAACAAAUUGAUAAUACCCAAUGUAAGAAGCAAAAUACACAUGAAGAGACCAUCGACCAAGAAGACCUACAGCAAAAACAAAUUGAUAUCAUUCAAUGUGAGAAGCAAAUUAUAGAAGCACAGAGGCCCGACCAACAAGAACAACUGCAUCAAAAACAAAUUUAUAACAUCCAAUGUGAAAUGCAAAAUAUAGAAGAAGAGACCCUCAACCAAGAAGAACUGCAGCAAAAACAAAUUGAUAAUAUCCAAUGUGAGAAGCAAAUUGUACAAGAAGAGACGCGCGACCAAGAACAAUUGCAGCAAACACAAAUUGAUAACAUCCAAUGUGAAAAUCAAAAUAUAGAAGAACAGAGGCCCGACCAAGAAGAACAACUGCAGCAAAAACAAAUCGAAUGUGAGAAGCGAAAUAUGGAAAAACAGAGGUCCGACCAAGAAGAACAACUGCAUCAAAGUCCAUGUAACAUGCAGAAAGAGUGCGCAAUCGUAACACCAAAUAUAAGACUUGAACAUGAGAGGAAACUGCUUAUAAUAAAACGUAAGAAACAAGAUAAGCAGCAAGAGAAAUGGACAGUUGAAUUACGCAAGAAACAUGCGAUGCGAAAACAUCAAGAACCCCUGAACCAGCACAAAUCGGAGGUUGAGAAGGAGGAACAACUGAAAAUCGCGGCAUCCCGUAGUCACCAAAUUCAGCAACAUGAUAAGGAAACCGGAGAAACAGUCGAGUCGUGUGAAAAACAGAAGCAACAAAACCAACUUGAUAUCAUCCGAUGGGUGAACCAAGUUAUAGAAGAUCAGAGACCCGACCAAAAAGAACAACUGCAACAAAUUAUAUGUGACUUGCAGAAAGAUAUAAAUCUUGAGCAUGAGGAGAAACGGCUUGAAAUAAAACUUGAAAAACAAGAACAACAGCAGGAAGAACUGACAAAUGAAUCACAGGAGAAACAAAAGUCACCCCUGGACCAACAUAAGUCGCCCUCUGACAAAGAGGAGCAACUGCAAACAGCUGCAAUUGGUAGUCAACAAAUUGAACAACCUGAUGAGAAAACUGAAGAAAAAGUGGAUAUUCGUGGAAAACAGAAGCAGCAAACACAACUUGAAAUGAUCGAUUGCGAGAAAGAAAUUAGAGAAAAACUGACCCGGGAGCUGCAGUCAACAAAAGAAGAACUGCAGCUAACUGUAGUUAGCUUAGAGUGGAUAACCAGAAUGCGUAAUAAAUAUUACGACAAAUGCCAUGAAAUAAAACCUGAAAAGCAACAGGAGGUUAAAUAUAAACAACGAGAGCAUAACUCGCCUAAUGCUAACAAAAAGAAGCAACUAGAAAUUGAAAUCUCUGAAAAGCACGAGAGGCUGCAACUGCACGACCAACAUGGCCGGGAACACCAAAACGCACAAACUUUGCCUAAAAAGCAACAAUAUGGGGUACCAGCUGUAGAAGAACAUAAGAAACGAGACGAGAAACAGCUUUGUAAGGAUCAACAGAAAAAAUUACAAUGUUGGAGAGGUCAGAUACGUGUACAAAGUGAAAUGGAAAAUAAGCAAAUAUUGUAUGGCAAGGCACAUUCACAGAAUAUCCCCCCUAGGAUGUGGGCACAUUGUGAAAACCGAGAGCAACGUCAACAUAUGUUGCAUAACCUGCUUCAGAGAGAUGAAAUUCGUCUGCAAAUAGACGCGAUUAAUAAAUAUAUGAAUCAGAUAGAAAUGCUCACACGUCCAAAAGCAGUUUUUAUGUCCUUUCAAAAACAUGAUCCUACGAAUAAACCUGAUGAACGAAACACAACCACGCAUUCACACGAUCAGCAAAAGAAGAAAACGCAUUGCAAAGGCCGAGAACCACAAGACCGAAUGAACGAGUUGCUAUGUGAGGAACAAGAAAUUAAAGCACUGGUUAAAGAGAGUCAACUGAAUCAAAAGCGAGGACAAGAGUCAUUGCCGAUCGAAGCAAACAAACCAGCGGAGCAACAAAAAGAGCAUCAAGAACACAGUCAAGUAGAUCAAGUGGAACAAGAUGAUAUAAAACACUCAAAAGGUGAUAAAAAAUCAGAAGCUCCCAUGGAACAAGGAGAAAUUCGUAAUCCCAACCCGCAACAUACAAAAAGAAAAUCGAAAAAACGAAAAAAUAAACGAAAACACCACUAAGGAAACUACCGCUUCGAGCCAUCAGAAGAAGGCCGUAAAAACUGCACAGCAGCUUGACGCAUCCAAGAAGUAAGAAAAACACACUGCAAACACAAUAUCACUUCGUCUAUAACUGCAAAGAAAAUAUUUUACCAUUUUCACUUAUUUAUACUGAUCUUCUACAUUUUGUCAGAAACCAUCACAUAAUAAACGCUCAAGUUAAUUUUACUGGUUGUUAGGAAAAACUUAAACAGAUUCAUAUGGAAAGUAUGAUUUAACAAAUUCUUAUAUAUGAACAAAUUUCAUUGAUGACAAAAACCAAAUUCUGGUUAUCUGGGAAGGUAGAAUGACGAAAAUGUUUUUGUUGUAAAGUUCUUUAGUUUCGACAUGACAAUUAGAUGACUACUGCUCCGUAAAACUAUUGUUCCACUGUGAGUGUUUAGAUCACAAGUUUACUUCUAUAUAUAACUUUGUUUUCUUUUAAAUAGUGUGUCAUAUAUUAAAUGUAUGUUUUAUUAUUAUAUUACGUAGCUGAGAUGUGACAUACAGUAAUUAAAUUACGCAUGUCUUGGUUUUGGUUUACUGCACAUAUAUCGUUUUUCAUGUGAGAAUAUUUCACAUUUUUAUUAUUCGGAAGGAAUUACGAAUGUACUAGUACUUGUGAAAAAGCUUUCUUGGAUCAAUUUUUUUACAAAUACAAUGUAAUUAAUAGUACUCAAUAAAUAGGCUUAAAAACA